UGGUUUGCGGAGCUGCCAAUCAAAGCAGACAUCCUCUCCUCAGGCUGUGGCUGCGAAACAUCUCAGUUGCUGUGUGGAGAGAUUUGACGGAGGGACACUCCUGUACAUGGACCAUCACUGCGCUGCAAUCCGCCGCCUGCUCACACACACACGCAUGUAAUGCCUCGGUGAAAUCUGGACGUACACGGUGGGAAAAACACGCAUGUGAAUAUUUUAUUUUUGCAUGUCAGGAGGGGAGGAACUAGUCGCCGGGUCCGCGGCUGUUUGUCUUUUCUUAUCGCUUCUCCACCCGUAUGUCACUCUAAUUAAUCGGAGGCAUGUGGAAUCGCACCAGGAUUAGGAAUUGCUUCCCAAUAGUGUGCCUGCUGUUGACGUUAUGGACGGAGGUGUCCCAGUCAACCGGCUAUUUCGAGCUGCAGCUGAUCUCCGUGGAGAAUGUAAACGGCGAGUUGGCGGACGGGGAGUGCUGCGACGGCUCCAGGAGCUCCCAGGACCUGCGCUGCACGCGAGACGAGUGCGACACUUACUUCAAAAUCUGCCUGAAGGAGUACCAGAUGGAGGUCACCACCACCGGCCCCUGCACCUUCGGAGCUGGAUCUACGCAAGUUCUCGGUGGAAAUAUGUUUUCUUUUAAGAACGCAAAGAAUAACCCGAAUAAAAUCGACGAAACUGGCAAGAUUUUGAUCCCCUUCCAGUUCGCCUGGCCGCGGACGUACACGUUGAUUGUAGAGGCCUGGGACUGGGACAACGGCACACGCAACACUGAGGACGAGCUGCUGAUCGAACGCAGCAUACACGCCGGUAUGAUCAACCCCGGUGACCCCUGGCAGACCAUCCUGUAUGACGGGCCGGUGGCUCGCCUCAUCUAUCGUAUCAGAGUCCGGUGUGAUGAUAACUACUAUGGCAACAAGUGCAAUAAGCUGUGUGUUCCUCGUGACAACUACUUUGGGCACUAUCGCUGUGAGCCUUCAGGAGCCCAGGUGUGCCUGAAUGGCUGGAUGGGCCCAGACUGCAGGACAGCAAUCUGCAAGCAAGGCUGCAACCUGUUAUAUGGCAGCUGCUCUGUCCCAGGGGAAUGCAAGUGUCGCUAUGGCUGGCAGGGCCAAUUCUGUGAUGAAUGUGUGCUUUAUCCUGGUUGCGUCCACGGGACCUGCAACAUCCCCUGGCAGUGCAACUGCGAGAGGAACUGGGGAGGCCUGCUGUGUGAUAAAGAUCUGAAUUACUGCGGUCGCCACCAGCCCUGUGUCAAUGGAGGAACCUGCAUGAACACCGAACCAGACGAGUACUACUGCGCCUGUCCACAGGGAUACUCCGGCAAGACCUGUCAGAUAGCCGAGCACGCCUGUGUUUCCAAUCCUUGUACCAGCGGUGGUACAUGCCACGAGGUUCCCACAGGAUUUGAGUGCCAGUGUCCGCCGGGCUGGGACGGUCCGACCUGUGCCAACAAUUUGGACGAGUGUGCCUCCAGUCCAUGUGCUCAGGGUGGAACCUGUGUCGACCUGGAGGAUGGCUUUGAAUGUGUGUGCCCUCCACAAUGGGAGGGAAAGACCUGCCAGAUAGAUGCAAAUGAGUGUGCCGAAAAGCCCUGUGUGAACGCUUACUCUUGCAAAAAUUUGAUUGGCGGAUAUCACUGCGACUGUUUUCGGGGAUGGUCCGGACAAAACUGUGACAUCAACAUCAACGGCUGCCAUGGUCAGUGCCAGAAUGGAGCAACAUGCAAGGAGGGCCCCAGGGGAUACCACUGCCAGUGUCCUCCAGGUUUUGUGGGCACUCACUGUGAAAUCCAGAGGAAUAAGUGUGAUAGCAGACCUUGCCAGAAUGGCGGCCAGUGCCACGCAGUGUUGGACGGCUUUGUUUGUCAGUGCCCAUCAGACUUUGCUGGACAGCUGUGUGAGAUCUCUAGCUGGUCCCCCUCAGAUGCUUGUGAUCCAAACCCUUGUGAGAAUGAGGCCAAGUGCCACAGCAUGGACCAGGACUUCUACUGUGCAUGUCCUGAAGGCUAUGAGGGAAAGAAGUGCGAACAGCUCAAGGAGAACUGCCAAACCACCCCGUGUCAAGUCAUUGAUAGCUGCACUAUUGCUAUAGCGACCAAUGACUCAGCUGGAGUGCGGCACAUCUCCUCCAACGUCUGUGGUCCACGAGGACGCUGCAUCAGCCAGCCACCGGGCAACUUCACCUGCGUGUGUGAUCCGGGUUUCAGUGGCAUCUACUGUCAUGAAAAUAUUAAUGACUGCAUCAACAACCCCUGUGAAAAUGGAGGCACCUGCAUUGAUGGAGUGAACUCCUUUCAGUGCUUCUGUCCUGAUGGCUGGGAGGGUCGACUCUGCGACCUCAAUGUCAAUGAGUGCAUACACAACCCGUGUAAGAAUGGCGGACGUUGCAUUGACCUGGUGAACGACUUCUACUGCGAGUGUAUCAACACCUGGAAGGGCAAGACCUGCCAUUCCCGCAAGAGCCAGUGUGAUACAACCACCUGCAGUAAUGGAGGCACCUGCUACGACCACAAGGAUGUCUUCCGCUGUGCCUGCCCACCUGGCUGGGGAGGAAACACAUGCAACACAGCCAAAAACAGCACAUGUGCCUCCAGUCCUUGUUCCAAUGGUGGAACCUGUGUGGGAGGAGGAGACACCUUUACCUGCAUCUGCAAAGAGGGCUGGGAAGGCCCCACCUGUGGCCAAAAUAUAAACGACUGCAACCCUCAUCCUUGUUAUAAUGGCGGUAUCUGUGUGGAUGGAGUCAACUGGUUUCGGUGCGAGUGCGCUCCCGGUUUCGCCGGACCAGACUGCCGAAUCAACAUAAACGAGUGCCAGUCUUCACCCUGUGCCUACGGCGCCACCUGUGUGGACGAGAUCAACGGUUUCCGCUGUAUCUGUCCACUUGGUAGAACUGGAGCCCGAUGCCAAGAGUUCAUAGGUAUUGGGAAGACUUGCCACUAUGCUGGGCUGCAGUUUCCCCAUAGCAGCCGCUGGGAGGAAGAGUGCAACAGCUGCCGUUGCAUCAGUGGCAAAGUGGAAUGUACAAAGGUGCUGUGUGGUCGUCGUCCCUGCCGGCUCCUGUCAUCAGGCCAGGACCAAAGACAGCAGUCCUGUCCGGCUGGACGAGAGUGUCUGGAGCACAGCUACCUCACAUGCUUCUCCCCCCCGUGCCAUCAGUGGGGGGUUUGUUCCAUGGCUGGACCCUCCUCUCCACAAGCAACCACCAAGUGCCAGCCAAACAGUGGACAUUUGGACAACAGCUGUGGCCGCAUAACACUCGUUUUCAGCAGAGACAAAGUACCAACAGGAACAACAGUGGAGAACAUCUGCUAUGAGCUGAGGUAUCUUCCUGACACCCGAAGCUUGGCAAAAGACCACGCCCUUCUCUUGCUGUGUGAUCUCUCUCAUUUGAAUCAGGAUGCUGUAGAGGUGGCUAUAUCUUUCCAGCCAGAGGAUCUACCAGAUCACAGUCUGAUCCAGGAGGCAGCCAGCGCCAUAGUGGGCAGCUUGUCCAAGCGGCACAACAGCACCAUCAUGCUGGCAGUAAUUGAGGUCAAAGUGGAAACACAGGUCAUGCCCCCCUCAGUGGCAGAUUACCUGGUACCUCUACUAUGUGUGGUCUUCUGCUUGCUCUGCCUCUUCUGCAUCAUUGUAUGCGUUUGGUGGACGCGCAAACGGAGAAAAGAGCGUGAGAGGAACGCACGAUCAGGCGGUGAUGACAGCGUGAACAACCAGUGGGAGCCACUUCGGCUCGUUGUGGGACGUCAGCAGCAACAGCAGCUGAAAGAAAGCAACAGGGAGGCUGAGCAGGAGCGCAAAAAGCUCAUGGGCCCCUCCUAUCGGACGUGUGAGGAGGAGGAGGAGGAGGAGGAGGAGGAGACGGAAGGCGAGCUUGAGCUCGAGGAGGAGUGUGGUGGAGCAGAGGCAGGAAAGCAGCCAGUUAGUAAGUACUCUAAGACUGCAGUGCAGUCCAGUGGGGGAGUGAUCUGUACCCUGCACAGCUCCAGUUCACCCCUCAAAGCGCCCCACCGGACCCCAGGCUACAGCCCCAAAGACAACCGCUGGAAAAAAGUCAGUGCCGCCUUGAAAGGUCAAAAAGACCUCAGAGACCAUUGUGUAUAAGAAAUUUAAACAAAGGAAGUGAGAGAAGCUGCAAGGCAGCGACUAUUCUUAUUUUUGGACUACUUUUGGGAAGAAAAAAAGGCUUUGUGUUUUAAUAAGCCGUUCUUUGCUUUGUUUAUGUUUUUGUCAGUGUCACCUGAAAUGAUUUUUGGUUCAGGAGGCUAGAGCACAGUGAACAUCAUUUUUUGCUUCUGUUCACUUAUUUUUCUUUAAUUAUGUACAGAAGGAGCUGAAAUGUACAAUUUUUCAGGAGGCAAAAGAAGCUCCCUGCAAUUUUUGUUUUAUGGAAUUGUACCAUUAAAAUAACGAUGAAUCAUCGAAAAAGACAACCUGUAUAAAGAUUUUUUUUUUUUGUUUACAGAUGAUUAUGAUUUUGUUAAAUUGUCAGCGGGCUUCUGUUCAGUGUCUGUGGGGGGACAGAUACACAUUAAAGGGACAGUCAAGGAAGGAUUUUGAGGGAAAUGGACUGUUGCAGCCACAGUAAGAGGAAACCCUCUCUUUGCUCUGUCUUUCCGGCUUUGACCACCGAUCCACCUGUGGCCAUCAUGCUCCAGCCUUACCAAAACGCUUGGCCUGGAGGGGAGAGGGGACAGAAACCCCAGUGCCUACUAUGUGGCCUUCCAUUUUUUUUUCUCCUGUCUCUCAGUUGUCUUGGCUGAAAGCUCUGUUAGAAGAUUUUUUGCAGUAUUUGAGUUGGUACCAAGUGCCUUUCUAAGAGCCGUGUUGGGGCUCCAAGUCGCGCUGCCCUGUUUGACCUCCUUGUUCUCAAAUCUCAAAGGGAUAUAAGUGUACAUUUAGAGUUCAAUUUCACAGCAACGCCAUUCAAGGUAUUUGAUCAAAACAGAAAUGAAUACACUGUACAUAUGUGUAAAUACUAAAGGAGUCGCUGUGUAUAUUUGAAAUAAGUAACUUAAAGACAAGUCACACAUUUUUAUUAUUAUUAAUGUUAUUAUUAUUAUUAUGAUUAAUAUUAUUAUUUUAUUUUUACAAUGCCAUUCCUUUUAUUUAUGCCAGUCGAAAUAGGCACGUUUUUAUAACACUUCAUAUUCAGAGUCCCACAGUUAAUCUUUACAAUGAGGUACCACCUAUGAAGGAUUUUCUGGAGGGGUUAUAAAUGGUUUAUCAUGAGGACGCAUUUCUUUUUUCUUUUUUUUUUGUCGCGAACUGUCACAUCAACAGUUGUGGCUUCGUCUUUAGUGCUUUUUUUUAGUUAAGCAAAGUAAAUCAGUGAUGCUUUUCAACUUCAAGAUUAUGCCCUUAUCAUAAAAUAACUGUCAUCAGGACAACAAAACAUUGCUAUUCCAUUUACAAUUUAGAUGAUACAUGACUAGAUCUGGUCUCAAUCUUCAGUUUCCUUGUUACUGUCUUCUACCAGCAUGACAAAAUUAACCACAUCUCUUGGUCUCAGUCAGCAGUAGUUUGACGUCAGAAUUUAUGACCUGGAUAGUUUUGGGUUGCAGAUAAAUCCCAAUACUUUUGCACAAUUUUCUCUAUUGAAGGAAACCUUUUAUUAGUAUCAAGAAGAUUUAUAAAUGAUUCAUGUGUUCUUAGUAUUUCAUAAUUGCAUUGAAAAACAGGAGAAACAUUUUUAACAUGGUCAUAUUUAAAGGGGAAGUCAAAACUGUAUCAAAUAAGGCAGAAAACUGCUGCCACACUGCUCUUUAGAGACAAAAACUUCCAAACAAGUUGCCCUUAUGGCCACGCCUCAAUCAGUGAUGUCACACUAGGUCUUUUGCCUGGUAGCUAAUGAAGAACGUCUACUGUGGCAUCACAAAUAGGGGUGUGGCCAGAAUUGCAACUUUCUCCUGAUUUUCUGCCCGUAGAAAUCAGAGCUUCUACAUUAUUUGUUCCAGUCGUUUACCCUUUGACUCUAGUCAUUUCUAUUAGAGGUAUCACUGAUUUUGGUUUUGAUUUGGUUUUAAAAUUUAAAAAAAAAAAAUCAACAGUAGCUUUUGGCAGACAGUGUUGCAAAGCUGACAACAUUAUAGCCUUAAAAAGUUCUCAAACCAUUUCUAAACCCAUCACAAACCCUUUUAUUUCAGGUGCCUUAAUGUAAUGAGUAAUGCAUUAUUUGUGUAAUCAAUGGUCAUCUUUUUAUGUUGGUUUGUUUUCACUAUUAAGGAAAGUAACUCUUUAAAACAUUGUGUGGUGUAUAGUGGCGUGUUUUAUUCGCCUGAGUAAAGUGCUCUCCUUGUCUCACUUUGCUAUCAUGGAGAUUUCUGAAAUAAAACACUUGAUGGAGGAUAAUAAAAAAACAGUCCACCAUGGCUCUUUUGAGUGGAUGUCAGUAGGUCAAAUGUGGACAUCAUGCAUUCGCUUCAUGUUUGGUUUAAAGGCUUUAAUGAAGGGAACAAUAUUUGCAGAUGUUUUUGCUACCAUGCAGAUGUGUUUUUUUUUUUUUUUUAAGUUACCAACUCAGUUCAAAAUGACCCCUUUUCUUAUCAUUUCAUUGUCUCAAAUCGCCAUCGUAUUUUCUGUAAAUGGGACGCAGCAAAAUAAAGAAUUAAAGAUGCAUCACUGCUGGUGUUAAAAGCUGAAUAUGCAUAUUGUAUACAUUUUAUUCUACAAGGGACAAUAGUUAAUUUUAUACAAAGUGAUAAGGUUUCCAUUCUUUUAGUGGAUGUUUCAUUGUUCUAAAUAAUCAUCCCACUUAUUUAUUAAAGCAGUUUUGACACAUCUUGA